AUGCGUGACUUUUUCCCGGCAAGUGAAAGCGGCAAAAUUUUCAAGGCGAGGUCACUCUUGAACACUGUUCGGUUAUGGCGAGGUAUCGAUCGAUCUGCUUUUGCCCACGAUUACCUCACUUCAUUUGGUUACUUGCCUCGGAGUAACCCGGAAAUUAGCAACCUCCGCCGGGAAGAUGCAGUGAAGAAGGCGUUGAGUCGGCUGCAGCAGUUCGCCGGUUUGCCAGUUACCGGCAACCUGGAUGAUGCGACUAAGAAGUUGAUGAAGACCAAGCGAUGCGGCCUACCUGACGUGCCAUAUCCUCAGCGACGAUACCGUCGGUACACGUUGCAAGGCUCGAAAUGGCCCAGGACCAAUCUUACGUACAAGCAGAUGGUGGAUGGGCGAGCCGAAGAUUUAUGGCUGAUCGGUAGAAAUUUAUGUAAAGUUGAGAAGAGUCAGCAUGAUUGUGAACAUUUGGACGUAGUCACUGAUCGUAACUCACUCUACGAAAUGGCUGACGUCAGCGCAGCGUCAAAGUCAGCAGCGAACCUCGGCACAGACGUUUACAACGAAAGCUUUCGUAUCGUCAUAAUCGCUACCCAUACCAACCAUCUCGGUCUCGGUCGAACGAGGAGGAUAGUCCACGAUGCGUUGCAGAUCUGGGCCGAUGCCUCAUCCCUUACUUUCACCGAAGUCGCUGACCACAACGCGGACAUCGUCGUCGAUUUCUUCAGGCAGGACCAUGGCGACGGUUACCCGUUCGAUGGUCCGAACGUCGUGUUGGCGCAUGCCUUCUUUCCGGGUUUCGGACGGGGCGGCGACGCGCACUUCGACGAUGACGAGGUGUGGACGGACGGCGAAGAAGAGAACAACAUGGUGAACCUUUUCUCGGUGGCUGUACACGAAUUUGGCCACAGCCUUGGAAUGGGUCACUCGAAGGUUCGAGAAUCGCUCAUGUUUCCGUAUUACACCGGCUACAUGGAAAACUUUAAACUAUCCAGCGACGACAUAUACGGAAUCCAAAGAUUAUAUGGUAAUGGUGGCCACGUACAGGUGGAACCACCGGUUGUUGUUACUGAUCAUGAAGACAGCGACGAAACAACGACCACGCGAAGCAGUGAGGACGUAGAUGUCACAGCGACCUCGUCUGCGCCUUUACCUAACACCACCGCAAAGACGCCGUCACUGACGGAGGUGUGCGAAUCGUCGAUGGAUGCGGUUGCUAGGAUCAGAAACGAAGUGUUUGUGUUUAAGAAUAAGUACUUUUGGCGGGUCGACGACUUUGGUUACCUGAUAGAAAGCCCGACAGAAAUCGAUCGUUUUUGGUACGGAUUUAACGAGGUUGUCGAUCAUGUCGAUGCCGUGUACGAGCGACCAGGAAUGGACAAAAUCAUGUUUUUCGUCGGUCGCAAGUACUGGGAGUUCAGUGCGAACAUCGCGAGACCUGGCUACCCUCGAAAUAUCUCGUCGCUCGGUCUGCCUGCAUACGUGAACAAGAUCGAUGCGGCGUUCGUGUGGGAGUACAACGACAAGACAUAUUUUUUCGCCGGUGAUGAGUACUGGCGCUUCAACGAGGAGACGGGGACCGUUGACGCCGAUUAUCCCCGUAAGCUUAGUAUCUGGGAAGGAGUGCCUCAUUCGGUGGAUGCAGCGUUUACGGAUCACGAAGGAGUGACAUACUUCUUCAAGAAUGACGUCGUUCUGCGGUUCAACAGCUACUUCAUGAGGGUGGAGAACGACUACCCGACGGACUUGCGGUCGUUCUGGAAACACUGUCAGCCGAGUCGACAAAGGCACGGAGGCGGCGACAGCGGCCUGUUGUCGACAGCAGCUGCUUCAGGGACCUUAGCUCGAUCGUCACCUUCUUACCGGUUGUUGUCUGCCACCGCCGUCGCGUUACUGACGCUCGCUUGGUUUUCUGUCAUCACGUCUGCUCGAUGA